UGUAAGAGGUAACAAGAUCUUUAGCUCUCAUCUUCUAUUACUUGACAACAGGUUGACAUUUUAAUUUCAAAAGCUUGAGAGACAACAUCGGUGCUCAUGCACGUUGCACUUAUUUCUGUCUCUAAGCCUGGUCUAGGAAUAGGUAAAAGGAGUAUAUAUCGACUAGUACCAUUCAUCAGCUACAUAUUCAAAGCUUCAAUAGUACGCCCCACUUUGCUCUCUCAUUUUUCAAAAUUCAUAUCCAGUCUCUCCACACAUAAUGAUAAUCCAAACCGUGUCAAUCAAGGGUCCAAACAACAAGUACCUUUCAUGUAGGCCCAAUGACGGGAGCUUGGGGUUUGACCUACUAGAUCUUGAUCCCUCAUGCAAGUUCUUCAUGGUUCCAUGGGGUGCUGGAAGGACCUGUUUGAAAGGCCCUAAUGGGAGGUUUGUCGACCUUCACGGGAUUAGAUUCCGAUGUGAUGGCAUCUACACUGGAGCGGGCUUCAUUGUCUCUGACACCACUUUCCAACUGGAUAGCGGAAAAUACCUCAGUAAUGUUGUUGAAAACAAUACCAUCACGGCCAACAAUACCGCUACCCAUUUGGUCAUAAAGUCAACAUCAUUCGAAAGUUUCCAUGUCAGCACGUCGUUGUCUGUCCCCGCCAUUACUUACAACAGCGACGUAUCAGUCGAGGACCGCUACAGGCCAGGAAGGAAUUACUUGGCUCUGAAGAAUUACAGCGGAACUAUUGAUAUUAUCUUCUCUAUUCCUUACUCCAUGGAUGGGGAAAGGAACGGAACUGUGGAGUUGAUUGUAAAUCACAUGAGGGACGCUUCUGGAGGAAUCAUCGACAUCAAUCUGAACAACCAACCAUUAUUUCCGAGAUAUUCCCACACCACGACCAGAUUCGAAGCACAGAAUUUGGGCUCAUUGGUACUAUCUUCAUUGACAGGAGAGAACACAUUAUCCAUCUCCCUGGCUGAGGGCUAUCUAGGGAAUUACUACUUCUCUGAUGCUGCUCUGGUUUUCAAAGAUAGCAAAGGAUAUGUGAAACAAGAGAAUUCUGUAUAUGCCAUUGGACUCUCUUCUGGUUCGUCCUAUAAUGGUGGGAGCCUGGAGGAUAGUCUCAGGAAAGGGAAUCCAUACCUUUCUAUAGAAGGGAGCACUUCUUGGUCAAGGGUCACCUUCACAGUCAGGGAAGAGCUAUUAGGAAUAGGCAACUGUGUAAUGAAGAUCCAACACAGAAGAGAGUCUGGAACCUCCAUCGACAUAUUCCUCAAUGGAAAUAAGAUUGAGGCAGGCUAUGACACCAUACCAACUGACUCAUUUGGCACCUCCAGUUUCUAUAUCCACAGUAGUGAUUUGAAGAAGAGCAAUGAGUUGGUCAUCAGACCAAAGAAUGGGAAGUACUACAUCUCUGAUAUCAACCUUGAUGUAGUUUCACUCCUCCCAGAUGUUACUCAAAAAAACUUUGAGACUUAUAUCAAAGAUUGGGUUCUCCAUCACAGAAGAAACAUAGGAGAGCUUAACAAGAUCCCUCGAGAAGAUCUUCCAGCUUGGAAAUUUGUUCAUGAAGCACCUUACUGGUUCUUCAUCCCAUUUCUUCCCUGCUCACCAGAAGAGAUCGGUGUUCUCUUUGACUACUACAAUAUGAUGUUUGUUUCUGUGGCCUUCGAGAUCAGGGAUUUCAACAACAAGGCUAGGGACUUCCACAGGGAGCUUAUAAGCACUGAUCUCCCGAGGAAGAAUGCUCUCAGGCAUGCUUAUUGGACAGCUAUGUUGUCCAGACGAUUUGGCUUGUACUUUGCCUUGGAUCUCUCGACAGCCCACGAAGAGGCCCAUGUUGAUUUGACUAUCGAGGGUCCCUACGAUCAUGUCACCGACAAAAUCAAUAAUGCCGUAGGCUCUCUGUUGGGAUCGAGGACACCUCGGUCUAAGGAUCUCCAAGGUGUCAUAGACGCAGCUUGGGCAAGCGGAGAGCUAGGAUAUGCGAAGGACUUCAGAGAAACUUCGGGAGGACAGACGGCCAAUGUGUAUUGGCAGAAACCAUUAGACGUGAUGGCAAAGAAGUACAAUGUGAAACCAAAGUUUAGCCAGACAGAGAAGGACACCCUGGAGAAAAUGAGAGUAAAUGUUCCAAAUGUUCCCGUCAUCCACUAGUCAUUCAUACUGUAACUUGCUAUUGCGGGAUGC